AUGUGGUACUCCAGGCUCAGGUUAUGGCUUCUUCUUGCUCUGGUAUCAGGGGUGUAUUGUGACGUUGAUCCCAUCGUCAUCCAGGGCUCCAAACUCUUUUACAAGACCAAUGGCACUCAGUUUUUUAUCAAAGGGUUAGCAUACCAGAAGUAUUUAGGAGACCUCGCCACGAUCGACAUCUCGACAACCGACUAUCUAGCGGUGCAAACGGCAUGCAGUCGCGAUGUACCAAUUUUCCAGGAACUGGGAAUUAACACCAUCUCCGUCUUCAAUGUAGACGCGACCCAGAACCACGACUAUUGCAUGGGGCUGCUUCAGGACGCCGGCAUCUACGUGAUCCCAUACCUGCGAGAAUUGAACACGGCGGGCAUCAACGGGGCUUGGACGACAGAGGAUUUCUCGGAAAAGACCGAUAUCGUCGAUGCAUUUGCUCAGUACAACAACAUUCUCGCAUUCCUCGUCGACGAGGUGACAAUCGGGGGCGCCAACUCCACCGCGACGGUCCCGCUUUUCAAAGCAGCAGUGCGAGACGUCAAGGCCUAUAUUGCGAGCAAAGGAUACAGAAACAUCCCAGUUGGAAUUGACGAUACCGGAUUUACCGGUAGCUCCGGGGCGGGGACACUGGCCUACUUCAAUUGCGGUGAAAGCGCGGAUUCGGUUGACAUUUAUGGUGCAUCUAUCUACUCAUGGUGCGGGAACGCGACCAUGGAAACCAGUGGUUAUGACCAAUGGACCGAUUGGAUUAAAGACUAUUCUGUCCCAGUCUUCAUAUCGCAGUACGGCUGUCAGAUAUCGCCGAGCUUUACCAGUAUAGCCGCGCUUUACGGCUCUGAAAUGACCCCGUACUGGUCAGGUGGCAUUUGGUAUACCUAUGCAGGGCCUGCUUAUGGACUGGUCAACGCCAGUGGUCAAUCGGUCGAAAAGGGCAGUGCGUAUUCGUCCUUUUCAAGCCAAAUCGCCAGCAUAACCCUAUCCCCAACAAAUUCGGCAUCAUACACGCCCACCAACACUCCAACCUCUUGUCCAGCAGUCACAAAGGGGUCUUGGGAAGCAUCACCGACCCUACCCCCGCAGCCCGAUGCUAAAUAUUGCAGCUGUUUGCAGCAACAAAGCUACUGCCAAUUGCUUCCUGACCUCAACAGUACAACGUAUACUGAUAUCGUACAAAACGUCUGCGGUCUCGAAGACCAGAGUUUGUGCGAGGGGUUGAUUACGAAUGCAACGCUUGGAGAAUAUGGCAUGUACUCAAUGUGCAACACCACGACGCAGCUCUCGCUGUUGAUGAGCAACAAUACGGAGCAGAGCUCAGAUUCGGACAAUAAAAACUGCUUGUUGUUUGGCUCGGAUUCGUAUGCUACCAAAAACCCAGCAUAUGUGACCACCGCCCCACGUUGUACAUACCAGACGCUGACCGCUGCUGCUCCUACAUCUACAUCUACCUCUACCUCGACCCCAUCGAGUACUACUGGAUCUGCAGGCGCCGGCUCCAACCCAAGUACUCCUAAUGUUAGCGGCAAUUCGCACAGCGGACUCAGUGGAGGAGCAAUAGCCGGAAUCGUUGUCGGAGUGAUUCUUGGAGUCGCAAUUAUAGCAGCAGCAGUGUUUUUCACCCACCGACAGAGAGCGAAAGCUAGUGGUCUGGGAGAGAGCACUGGCUUUAAACCUGUUCCUGCAGUUCCUGCAGUUCCGGAAUUACCAGUGGCUGGGUUAUACCAGACUGCUGAGCUAUACGACAGUCGUUCAAUUCCUCCUGCUGGACCAUACCAGACUGCUGAGUUAUACGGCGGUCGUUCAAUUCCUCCGGCUGAAUUGGAUGGUACUGGAUUGCCUUCCGAGAUGCCUGCUCGAUAG